AUGUCGGCGGCCCAAUCCUCGUUAAUAAAACCCCAAGAGACAGAGGAGGCCGCGCUGGUGAGGAAAAAAAAAAUUUUGAACCAAUCUUCAGAACCAGCCACUGCGGCUAAAGAUGAAGGUUCUCACGCAACUCGUGCGAGAACAAAUCCAGACUCCAGAUCAUUGGAUAGCCGGCUGCGACCCAUGUCAUACUUGCAACCGUGCAACAUGGUGAUUCAUUAUUGGGACUCCAACUUCGACAGAUGGAGACCAUCCAGGUAUAUUCCCGAUAUGACCAUGGCGUGGCUGGUGGGAUUGGAUGCACAGAAACUGGUGGCUUGA